GUGGAGAGACAAUGGAGAUAGAAUCCAUUAGAGUGGGAGUUGAUGAGAAAGAGAAGAAGAAAUUAGAAGAAGAGAUGGAAUUAGAGGAAGGGGAGAAGAAGAAGAAGGACAGGAAGCUUGGUGGAGUCAAGACAAUGCCUUUCAUUCUUGGAAAUGAAGUGUGUGAUAGAUUUGCAAGCACAGGGUUCCACGCCAACAUAAUUACAUACUUGACCCAAGAUCUUAACAUGCCUCUUGUUCCUGCCUCCAACAUUCUCACCAACUUCGCCGCCACUUCCAGCUUCACUUCCCUCAUCGGAGCUCUCAUCGCCGACUCCUUCGCCGGCCGCUUCUGGACCAUCACCGUCGCCUCCAUCAUCUACCACCUCGGAAUGGCUACGAUCACGGUCUCCGCCAUUCUCCCGCAGCUCCACCCGACGCCUUGCCCGACCCAACUCAACUGCACGCAAGCCUCCGGCACGCAGCUGAUGGUCUUCUACCUCGCCCUUCUCCUUACCUCUCUCGGCGCUGGCGGCAUUCGGCCGUGCGUCGUCGCAUUCGCAAUGUCGGUGGGGCAUUUGGAGUUCAUGUACGACCAGUCGCCGGAGAGCUUGAGGAGCAGCGCCACGGCACUGUACUGGUUGGCCAUCUCGGCUGGGAACUACAUUGGGACUUUGAUGGUGUAUGUUGUGCAUAAGUACAGUGGGGAGAAGCACAAUUGGUUACCUGAUAGGAAUCUGAACAGAGGGAGGCUUGAGUAUUAUUAUUGGGUUGUGAGUGGGAUUCAAGUGCUGAAUCUUGUGUAUUAUGUGGUUUGUGCUUGGUUUUAUACUUACAAGCCUUUGGAGGAGGAGAGACAGAACAGUGAUGGAGAGGGAGAUCAGUGUGAAGAUAUCACGAAGACAGCUUAAGAGAGUUGUGUUUUGUGUUCUAUGUAAGGGAAAAUGUGGUAGCUAGGUUAGAGUUUUAUAAUUUGACUAGAUUGCUUUACAAAGAAAUUGUAACUUCUUCCCAUCAAGCAAACUUCAGCUCUCUUAGUUAUAAUUACUUUUCAUAAAGGUUGCAUCACAUGAUUAAGAUUUAGAAGUUUUA